AUGAAAAACGGAAGUUUAGCAGUGCUUGUGAAUCUUACAAGCACAAUUGUUAUUAUGGACACGCAUCCUGAAUACGAUGAUAGUCCUGUAGUACGAGAAAAAUACGCUCAAUUUCAUUGUUUUAAACUAAGAACAUGUACUCCGGGCGGGGACAAAGUCUGUGGCUACGAUACAACUCAACAGUUUCUAGCGGAAUUUGAGGAUCUGUGCACGUUCCAUAAAGUGAACUGCGAGAAAAGGGGAUGU